CGGAAGGGACAAAAUUGAACAUUCAUGUUAGGUUUGUAGUAGCACCGCGUACAUUCUUCCCUUUUCUACAAUAAAUGACCAUGUUUCGACCACCAGCAACUGGCUAGUUUUGUCGCUAGCUAGUUUAUAGAGGUCUCCCGGAGUCACAAUGGGGGUAAAAGACGGACCCCAGUGUUACUUUGACGUAGAGCUCAACCGGGAGCCAGUUGGCCGCAUUGUCUUCCAACUUUUUUCUGAUGUAUGCCCCAAGACAAGCAAAAACUUUCUCUGCUUGUGCACUGGUGAAAAAGGGACAGGCAAAACUACAGGAAAAAAGCUUUGCUAUAAAGGCUCAACAUUUCAUAGAGUUGUUAAGAACUUUAUGAUCCAGGGCGGCGACUUCACCGAUGGCACCGGCAGGGGAGGGGAAUCAAUAUAUGGAGGUUACUUUGAAGACGAGAACUUCACUCUGAAACAUGACAGGGCCUACCUGCUCUCCAUGGCCAACCGUGGAAAAGACACCAAUGGCUCUCAGUUCUUUAUCACAACCAACACAGCACCUCACCUUGAUGGAGUCCAUGUGGUUUUUGGAUCAGUCAUCUCUGGAUUUGAAGUGAUAAAAAAGAUUGAAGGGUUAAAGACAGACUCAGCCAGCAGGCCAUAUGCUGACGUCAGAGUGAUCGACUGUGGACAGCUAAUCACCAAGUCUGCUAAUGAUGUACUUGAGGAUAUGAGGAAACAAAAAUCCAGGUCUGUCGAAUCAUUACAUUCUCAGGGCUCUCCAUGUGCUUUGUCACCGCAAUCUGUAAAUGAACAUGAUGUUAAGCCAAAAAAUCAGCACAAGAUUAAGAAAACUCCUCAAAGUAGACAGUCCAAAAAGAGACGCAAAACUGCAAAGCAAGAUAUUGCAGAGGAGCAGUCAAUACAAAGCACAGAGCAAAGAGAGAUUGAAGCAGAAGAUGAAAAAGAACAGUGUGUUAAAAGAGAGAAACUUGUAGUGCGGCCAGAAGAGAUCCCCCCAGUCCCUGAGAACCGCUUUCUUCUUCGAAGAGACAAGCCCCCUAAAAAAAUUAAAACUGAAAUACCUGUAGAGGAUGAAAAUACAGUUUCAUCUGAACAGAAGCCAUCAGUGUCUAAAUCAGGAAGGAAAAUCAAAGGCAGAGGAACAAUGCGAUACCGCACACCUACAAGAUCAAAAUCCCGCUCUGUGUCCGUAGAGGAGAGGGGCAGCAGUGAAACACCUCCACACUGGAAAGCGGAGAUGAAGAGAACCAAAGUCUAUCAGCCUCCCAGCACAGAGCGAUGGAGCAAAGGAGACAAACUUAAUCAACAUACUACCAGCAGAUGGGAUGACAAAACCAACUCUGCACGGUCUCAGUCACCAAAGCGCACUCCAGCUCACAAUUAUGAACAUUUUCGCCCAAAGCCGCCACAAAAGGAGAAAAAGAAGAGAAAACGCAAGAGGAAAAACAGAAAACGAAAGCCCAAGAAGGUUAAGACCACAAAGAAACCAACAGAUCUUUCAGAUGGACAGCGACCUCCGUCUCCGGAGAGGAAGUCCAAAAGAAAACAUUCCCCAUCUCGUUCCCGGUCCAAAUCUUCCUCAAGUCUGCGCCAUGCCUCAAAGAAACGGAGACGUCAUUCUUCACGUUCCCUCAGAGAUUCACACUCAUACUCCAGAUCAUAUGAAUCCAGUCGCUCUAGGUCCAGAGGAAGAUCAUAUUCGAGGUCCAGAAGUCUGUCCAGAUCUCGGUCGAGGUCCAGGUCGAGGUCCAGGUCGAGGUCUAGGUCCCGGUCGAGGUCCCGGUCUAGGUCUAGGUCUAGGUCUAGGUCUAGAUCUAGAUCUACGUCCACAACUCGAUCUUACUCUCGAACCAGGUCUAGAUCCCAGUCCAGGUAUAGUUCCAGAUCUGUGUCCACCUCCAGAGAUAGAAGUUACUCACGGUCUCCAAGAAAAAGAAAAUCAAGUAAAACCAAAUCAUCGAAGUCUAAGAAGAGAUCUGAAAGCAAGGCAAGAUCUGGUCCGAGGCUGCCCCCUAUCCCAGGACCUGAGUGUGCCCCGGUGAUCCCCCUAAGUGAAAGCCCACCUCCUUCACGCUGGAAACCCGGACAGAAGCCAUGGAAGCCCUCCUAUGUCCACAUAGAAGAAAUAAAGGCCAAAGUAUCUCGUAAGACACUUUCAUCUUCUGGGCAAACAGCUGAUAUUGCAGAAAAGGCUCAUAGCUCUAGUACAUCAAUGGGCCAGUCUGGAAAUACUGGAGAAAGUAGGAAAGGUCACCAGGACUCUCGUAGUUCAUCCAGAAGCAGCAGCUCCAGUCACUCACGCAGCAGGAGUCAUAGUAGGUCUAGGUCAAGGUCCCCAAAUGUAAAUAAUAGGAAGUCAUCAUCUGAAGAGCAUUCAGGCUCUGAAAACUCACCCCAGAAUCCCACAUUGGAUAAAGACUGGAAAAACUAUUACAGUUCAUUGAGAAGGGUACAGAAGUACAUAUCCAUUGCCAACACAUAUUCUGGCUCUAAGAGCAGGAGUGAAAACAGUGAUAUAACAACUGAACCUAUAGAUAAUAUGAAUAAUGGUAAUCUAAUGGAUCAAAUGUCUCUUGGGAAUUUUAUUAACAGGUCUGAAUGGGAUAGUGAUAGUGACAAAGUAACCCUAAGUACUGCUCUUUCCGUGAUUCAAGCAAUUCAACCAAAUCAAGUUGUAGACCAACAGUUAUCAACCAUGACUGGAUGGAACUCUGAAAGUGACAAUGAAAACGUAAAUAUCCGGUUGUCAGCAGCAUCUGAGAAAGAAGAGGGUGAGGCUAGUUCAGAGUCUGAGGAUGAAGUCCUCAAAAGAACAUCGGAGGCAGUAAAUGCUCUGGAGCGAAAAGUGGCCGCCAUGGCAUCCCCAGAGUCGGAUGCAGCUCCAGAGAGGCACAAGAGCAAAAAGAAAUCCAAACGGAAACAUAAACACAAACGCAAAAGUGAAAAUAAAAGCAGUAAAGAUAAAGCAAAGAGGUCAAAAAGAAAACAUCCAAAAAACGUUAAGGGGACUUUCCACUGGCAGCCACCAUUAGAGUUUGGAGAGGAAGAGGAUGAUGAUGAUGCUAAAAAAGAGAGAAGCAGCCCGAGAAGAGCUAAAGAUGGACCUGAAAGCUCCCCUAAUGUGGACAGAGAUAAUGACAUGUUCAGAAAGAGCCCCAGUAAAGAAAAAAAUAAGGAAAAAUCUCCACAGAUUGAUGCCAUCAAAUUACCAAAUGUCAAUGAGAAGACAGUGGAUGACAUGGACAUUUGCACUCCAGAGCACAGCACAGAGACAAUAUUAGAGCUUGUGCCUUGUGAAAACAGCUCUACUUCUAGGAUUAAAUCAAAGUCCUUGGGCAUCGUGAGCAAAGAAAGCGUCUUACCUCACCUUGGGAACAAAGAGCACAAUAGUUCAGCCACAGUGACUGCAGAGGGAAAGCAAGCUGAAACUGUGAAACCACUUGGUACUGGAAUUGCCUUGAAAUGGAAACCCUUAAAAGGAAUGUCCGCUCCCCAAAAUGUAAGUAUAGCACCUGUGACUGUAAAAACUGUCCAAAAUCAAAAGAACCAGGCAUCCAGUAAACAACAUGGAGUCCGAAUGGAAAUCAAAAGUCAAAAUCGCGUCAAACCUGGAUCACUUUUUGAUGAAGUGCGUAAAACUGCACGACUGAACCAGAGACCCAGAAACCAGGAGAGCUCAAGUGAGGAAAAGUCUCCAUUGGUCAUUCAAACCAGCACACGCUCCCCCAAAAAGAGCAGAAAGUCUCGGUCGGCAUCCAGUCACCGGUCUAGAUCAAGAGGAUGGUCCCACUCCUCCAGCCGGUCCCGGAGCAGGUCUCGCAGUUCCAGCUACUCCUCCAGAAGCCACAGCAGAAGUCAUCGGAGAAGAGGAAGGUCACGCUCCCGCAGCAGCACAUAUCGUAGUUACAGAAGUCGAACAUACAGUCGAAGUCACUCCAGAAGUCGUUCUUAUAACCACCGGAGGAGAUCAAGGUCUGACUCCUAUGACAGUUACUCAAGUAGAAGUCGCAGUGUGAGUCGGAGACGAAGGCGACACAGAAGUGACAGCUACAGGAGCUCAGCGCGUUCCAGGUCGUAUCGUUCCUCUAGCCGCAGCUCAUCCAGGAGGCGGAGUCACAGUCGCAGCAGCCGCUACAGCUGAAGCUCCUCAUGACCACACAGUCUGGACACUGUAUGCAAAGUUAUGCUCAUAUUUAUAUCUAUACUCUUUAAUACUAUACUGGACCACCCUCACAUUUGUUUUCCUUUAUUGAAUGUACUGUAAUUUACACUUCUUUAUAAACUGACAACCAGAUUAAAAUGAAAAACAGACUAAAUAAAUGGGUAAUUAUCUGGUUAAAAUGGUUAAAUUACUUUUUUUUUUUUUACUUUUUUAGUUUUAUUUUUUGUAUUGCCCCUUUGGGGGAAUGAAGCUGGAUUUUAAGAGAAGGUGCACUUGAUAGAUUUGUUUUUUAAAUUAAAUAAUAGGGUACAUUAAAGUCCUGUGAAUGUUUAUUCAAUAAAUGUGUUUUAUCCUGAA